AUGAACUCCGUGUUGGAUUUGUGGAACUUCAAACUCAAUGGUGGCCACCACAAAAAGUACCUCAAGUCCCCGGUUCCAUAUCUUCUGAAGGGCAAUGAUGCGCCAACGGAUGAAGAGAUCUUCCUCAUCCAUACAGCCCUCCGUAAAACUGAGUCAAAAAUAAUGACACUGGAGCCGAAAGACGGCUACAUUCGCGAUCGUUACAACAAUUACUUUCAAUCUCACUUGAAUUUGCUGUCGCCAUUACGCCGCAUUCCGACGGAGAUAUUGGUUGAGAUAUUUUACCAUGUUUUAGAGGUACCGGCGGAUCCGCUAUACAAUAGUCCCCCGUGGAAACUUGGGCAUAUAUGUCGACUUUGGAGACGCAUCGCAUUAGAUACCCCUUGGCUAUGGGCAGCGCUUCCUCCAGUUCGUCUGCACGGUAAUUUCAACGUUGUGGAAUCACGGUCGAAACUAGACUGCCUAUCGGUGUUAUUGAAAAGGUCAUCGACGCAGAAAAUUUCGUUUUACUCUGCGAUGCAACAAGCUCUCCCUUCCAUUGGCAAGGCAAUAUUGUCCCUGCUAAUCGAGCACUCAAAUCGCUGGGAACGGAUUUCCCUUGAUAUUUCCGAUUUCAAUUGGGCACAUCUUUCUUCGAUUAAAGGACGUCUUGAGUCCUUGCGUUCUUUAAAGCUAAAACUCCUGCCCUUCUCUGGCAGGCUAAUGGGCGAUCUGGAUACAUUUAAACUUGCACCGGCUUUGCGAGAAAGCUUCGCAGGGGAAAUCCCUGGUUCCGAUUUCAAUAACGCAUUGUCGAUGUACCCGAAAAUCGAGAAACUCAGUUUGAUCCCCUUGGAUUGUCCACGUAUUCAUUAUGCGAGCGGUAUACCUAAGCCACUCACUUCCUUAAAGCUUUUGGUAAUUCAAAGGUUGCCUAACCAGAUGCCAGAGCGCGACCUUAAUCUCAACUCACUAUACCUUCCAGCAUUGGAAGAAUUGAUAAUUAACUAUCCACGUCAAGAGUCUUACGGCCAGGACAUUGUGCGAAUGAUAUCUGUGUCCCAGUGCAGGCUUCGCAAGCUUGUUUUAGGCUUUUCAGAACUUGAGCCACAAGUGAUUCUGGAUAUCCUCAUUAUAUGCCCUUCUCUGGUCGACUUCGACAUCGUUAUUUCCAACGACGCAUUUUUGCAUACUCUUCCCAAUAGAGCCAUUUUCGACGCUAUCAAAAACUUGGCUCAAAGCCGGUGCGAUAUGGUAGAAACAGACUUUCCGAACCAGGCAAAUGCCAAUUCCAAAGGACACUGUCGCUUGAAAACCCUCAAGGUGGACACCCGACCGGAUGCGUUCGUGUUUGACGGCGAAGAAGCAGCUUCCUACUACUUUGGUCUGGAGACCGCCCUGGAGUCCGUCGACCAAACUACCCAUAAAAUUGCCAGGCAGCUUACCGCUAUCAAGUUCGCCGACAGUGACACUGCCAUGCUUCGAAGAGGACGUUCCGAACGCGUCCUGAAGCUAAUUGAAGAGGUCUUAUUAUGCAUGGAGAAGCUAUCGAAGAUGGCGCUCGAUAUUCAUAAAAUACUCUUGACUGUACACAUCUACACUGAAUCGAAAAUAUCCUUUUCCAGGAGAUUGGACGCAAUCUACUCUAGAUGGACACUUAUCCUGGAGCAGGUCUCUCACCGGUUGAGAUGGGGAUGGACUGCAGAUGGUUGCCUUCUUUACCUUUCCCCUGUCGAUGCAUCUUGCCGGAAGCAGGUUCAUUUCGGAUUUGAGGGGGACUUCUAUACGAAACAACCGCAAAGUGGAGAAUAUGCAUUUUAUUGGCCUUCCAGCUGA